AAAUAAGUCACCCAAACUGCGUCAAUGCACCUCACACACAAACAAACACACCUCUAAGCAAACAGUGCCCAUAAAUACCAUAUAACCCACCCCUUACAACCUCUCAACCCCAGAACCUCACUCCCACCAACAACUUCGCCCCUUCAUCAACCCAAAAUCUCCAGUCCCAACCCGCCACCCCCACCCCUAUCACCACCAUCCGAGUCCGAAACCACGCAAGUAGGACGACACACACCAGAGGCCUUCGAAUGGGACAUCCCUGAGUUCCAAGGCAUGCGCGAGCCUCUAGACGAAGUCGAAAACUCCCCGCAACAGGACGCACCAACCAACUACAUCAAAGCUGCACUUGCCAUCCAAGGACCCCCAGACAGGCACAGGGCAACAUUCCCAUUCCCUACGCGCCAAAUCCGCCAACGCCCCACCGCCAAAUCUGCCCUCGAGCCCCACGUUAGGGUAAAUACCACAUUCGGCGAAGAGUGCGUGAGGGUGAUGCGUGAGUUAGCGGUGGCUAUGGUCCUUGUCUUUCUUACCGUGGUGGUGGCAAUGGCUAUGGUAGGGGUUCUGUGGCGCUUUUAUGUCAUGUACAUCUUUUGGGUUUGAGGGGAUUGCUUCUGUCGCUGGGAUGGAGAGGGCUUAGAUGGUAGAUUGUAGGAUGGGUGGGUCUAGUUCUGUCUUAUGCCUCGCUUUAGCUUCUGAUGCACCCUUGACAGCUUGCGGUGAUGGUCGGUUGAAUGGAUG